AUGAGUUAUGAUGGUAAAUAUGCAUACAGGUCAGUCUGUGACGAACUACGUCUAACGAGGAAACUUAGCGACGCGGUCAUCAGGGUUGACAAUGCUGAAUUUCACAUUCACAAAAUUAUUUUUUGUAAGUGCAGUCAAUACUUCAGAGCCCUCUUUCUACGUUGGUCAACUCCAGAACAGGGGGUCUACGUCAUACAUGGUCUGACAGCUCAGUUGAUGCAACUAUUUGUGGAUUUCGCAUACACCGGCUCUGUGUUGGUGACAAAAGACAAUGUAAAGGAUUUGUUGCUGGCCGCAGACCGGUUCAACAUAACGGGCAUUGUCCAUAUAUGCUGCGCAUUUCUAACUGAGCAGCUCUGCCCAGAAAACUGCAUUGGCAUCUGGCAGUUCACGAGGAACUGCCACACCCCGGAUCUGCAGCGAAGUGCCUACCAGUAUAUUCUCUACCACUUUGAGGACGUCGCACAAACAAAAGAAUUGCAGCAACUCUCCAUGCAGGACUUGUGUGACAUCCUGGACCGGGAUGACCUUAUGGUAAAAAAGGAAAAUACUGUAUAUGAGGCCAUUCUGCACUGGAUCGCACGUGCACCUUGGGAGCGAGACGAAAACAUGGCAGUGCUGCUGGCCAAAGUCCGUCUCGCUUUAACAAGUGUGGAGUUCAUCGCCAUCAAGGUGCUGACCAAUCAGAUGAUCCAGGACAGCAGGAAGUGCCUGAACAUUGUCGCCUUGGCCACCCGUGUCAUGUGCCACAUGGUCACAAACUCGGUGUGCGGCUAUCGCAACCUGGUGGCCCGUCCUCGCCUGCCUUCCGCCAUCCUGCUGGCCAUCGGUGGAUUCAGUGGCCCAAACCCGACACACCUAAUCGAAGCAUACGACGUGCACGCCAACACUUGGGCUGGGCUGGUAGACAACAUGGAUCAACCGCACGCUUACUUCGGCACCGCAUUCCUGGGCAACUCCGUCUACUGCGUGGGUGGAUUUGACGGCAGGAGGCACUACAACACCGUCAGGCGCUUUGAUGUGAACACCCGUACCUGGCACCAGGUGGCGCCCAUGCAUUUUCGUCGGUGCUCUGUGAGCGUCACGGUGCUAAAUGGGCGCAUGUAUGCCAUCGGGGGAGUUGACGGACGAAUAAGAUUAAAGAAUGCAGAGUACUACACGCCCGAGACCAACCAGUGGACUCUUAUCGCAAGUAUGCAUGAGCACAGAAGCGACGCCAGCUGCACCACCCUCAACAACAAGAUUUACAUUUGUGGCGGUUUUAACGGAAACGAGCCCUUACGAACGGCGGAGUAUUACAAUCCGGAGACCAACCACUGGACCAUGAUUGUCCCAAUGAACUGCUGUCGCAGUGGCACCGGAGUCAUUGCGUAUGCCAACCACGUUUAUGCUAUUGGCGGUUUUGAUGGCGACAUUCGUCUGUGCAGUGUGGAGGCCUACGACCCCGUCACGGAUGCCUGGAUGCUCUUACCCUCAAUGCAGUGUCCGCGCAGCAACUUCGGCAUCCAAGUAGUAGAGGACCGCCUUUUCGUGGCCGGGGGCAACACGGGCGUGUCGGCCACCAGCAUGGUCGAGUACUACGACGCCCACUCAGCCAUGUGGUUCCCUGCGUGUGAUAUGGCUGUCUCUCGCAGCGCGCUCAGUUGCUGCGUUGUGUCCGGCUUGGCCAACGUUGGGCAUUUUGUCACACUGCGCAGCGAGCUUCCUUGGCUUCACUUGGAGGAAGUGGACCUGGAAAUGGAAGAUGUCUUUUGA